AUGAUGGAUGCCUUCAACACCCUCACAGACUAUGGCAUGCAGUUCGAGUUCCAGAGCUACGGGCAGCAGUUCCUCGCCUCCUUCGCCGCCGGCUCACCAUCCCCUUUCCUCACCCCUGGCCCAACUGAUUUCACGGCCGCAGCGGCCGCCACCACCGCCGUCGGCGGCGGCGCCGCUGGCCCCUUUGACUUGUCUUCCUUUUCCUUGCCGCUCACCCGCGGCCUAGACGCCCUGGGGCCCCCCCUGGAGUUCGGCGCCCUGCUGGGCCGGCCGCUCCCUACCUCCGGCCACCCUGCGGGAAGCAUCUCCGACAUCCCCAGCCACGGCACCGUCACGUCGUACAUUGGCACCCCGCCGUCGGCUGCGUCGGCGGGCGUUGUUGCAGGCAACCUGGCUGGCGCCGAGGGUGCAGGAGGCGGCUUCAGUGGCGGCGGCCGCGGAGUGCAUGUCCUCAGCAUCCCGUCUCUAGGCCAGCCCAGCACGUUAGACAAGGACCUGGAGAUGUACCAGGCCUACCUCAACUCGCACCAACAGCACCAACACACGCCGCAGUCGUACCAGCUUCCAAACACUUGCGACGGCGCUGGCGGCACCGCCGGCGUACGGCACCACGGGUCGCGUCACAAGACCAGCAUCGCCUCCGCAUCCUCCGGCCCAGCUCACGUAUUCUCGCACGGCCGCGCCUCAUCUUCGCACCAUCACCAUCAUCACGGCAUUCCAGUAGCACACAACCAUGCCGGCCACACGCAUGUAGGGAAAGCCGUGGCGGCGACGUCAGGCGGCGGCGCCGCCGGCUGCGGGGCGCGCGGCGCCGUCGGCGGCUUGAGCGCCAGCGGCAAACCCACACGAAGCGCCCGAGCUAAGGCCGUCUUCGCGGCGCUGGAGGCCGAGGUGGCGGGCAAGCUAAGCGAACUGGAGGCGCUCCAACACGAGAACGCGACGCUGACGCAGCGUGUUGAAAUCUUGGAGGUGGCCGUGGAGCGUCAGAGUGCCGUACUCAGCAUAAUGUCCUCCGCUGCGGCGACGAUGGGCAGAGUGGCUGCCGUUGGUAGCGUCACGGCGGCGGCGGCGGCGGCGGCGGCAGCGCCGCCGCCGAAUGGUGGAGCACAGAAUGUGUACGGCAAUACUCGGCACCGAAUUAUGCCGUACUGUGCUGUACUGCAGGAGGUGUCCCUAGCACUCUUAGCUACGGAGAAUUCGGCAACCAACCCCGAAGCGGAAAUGCGGCUGGUGCAGCUGGUGGCGUCGGCCUGGCUCCGCUCGUCCCUGGUUUGCAUCUUCCAGCCCCUCACACAGCUAAGACUGAAGGGUCUCAAUUUGGAAACCAACACGUACUCGGAGCCUUCGGAGCAGCACUGGAUGGAGGUCAUCAAGUUUAUGACUGUGAGCCCCCAGCAGAUCGCCGAGAUGGACAACCUCUUCCAUUCGUACAACCUGCUGCACGGCUCCUUCCGUGCCGAGCUUCAAGACACGCAGCGAGAGCUGGGGGCGCUGGUGGGGGCGCAGGACCAGCAGGCGGAUGCCAGUCGGAAGAUGUGCUCCGGGGAGGGCCUGACGCUCGUACUGCAGCAGACGGCGCUGCUGAAACGCGUUCGCAACAUCCUCCAGAAGACCCACCUGCUGUACAGCUCCACCAUCGGGGUGGCGGCCAUGAGGAUUCUCAAACCCAAGGAGCUGGAAGCAUCAUCAACAACAUCAUCAUCAUCAUCAUCAUCAUCAUCAUAA